AUGUCGUCCCCCACGGACCACAACCCGGAGCAACAGAACUAUUCUUGCUAUAAUGACAAAAGCCCACCGCUAUAUCCAAGCACGGAUCGGUUUAAUCCGCUGGGUUUCAGCACACCCCAGCAGCGUGGAAAUUCCUCAUCUCAAGCAAGAAAUUAUUAUUCUGUGCAGCCAAAGCACAUGUUGCCAAGGGCUAAAGGUUCGGAUGGACGUUACCGACACAGGCAGGACAAUACUCAAUACCACGAUCGAUCAAGCCACUUUUCUGAAGAUCAUUCACAUGAUGGCGCAGUGCAGGGUAAUGCUAAUUUCAGUUCCGGAAAGCGGCUUGGCUUUGGUCACAGUUGGAGAGGACAUCAGAAUAGAAACCAGCGUUUUGGAGGGCACAGGCCGCAGCACAACUAUCGACAAAAGCAUCAGGCCAAACCCGAAUCAUGUAAUAUUGCGGAUUAUUUUCACCCCUCUAUGCUGGAAGAUCCUUGGAAGGGUUUAGAACCAAAUGAUGGAUAUGCCGUCUGUAGUCCAUCAUAUAGUCCAAGCAGUCCAUCACAUAGUCUAGGCAGUCUAUCAUAUAACCCAAACAAUCCAGAGCAUCCAUCCAGUCCAUCAUAUAUACCAUCCACUCCAUGA